UCAAUCGUCCACAGAGUCUGCAGUAGAUGUAGAGAAGGCUUGAUAAGUGCGUGUGUUAAAAUAGUGAAGUGUUUAAAAAAGUACGAGUAAUAUUAAUGUAGUGAUCAUGUUUAAAGUUAAAGGAUCCUUGAUUAGGCAAUAUGCUGUUGUUAUAACAGCAAACCUCUGCGUCCUCUGCACCGGACUGAGCAUCGCCUGGCCAUCUCCAGUCCUGGUCAAGCUCAGCAAGAAUGACACCACCACCCUACCGAGACCUGUAACCGAAUAUGAGGGCUCUUGGAUCGUGUCCGUUGGAUUCUUGACGGGAGGAUUAGCAAAUUUCCUAGCAUGUUUCCUCGUCGAUCGCAUAGGCCGCAAGUACUGCGUAAUCAUCAGCUAUGUGCCUCGCAUCAUCAUGUGUGUUGCCUUGACAUUUGCCUCCAAACUGUGGAUGGUGUUACUGGGAAGAGCCUUGAGUGGACUGUGUGAUGCUCUCACAUUUACUGUGGUCCCUAUGUAUGCUUCUGAAAUCGCUAGUAAAGAAGUGCGAGGUUCCCUAGGAACCUUCCUCCAAAUAUUCUCGUCGCUCGGGAUCCUCAUCAUGCUGUGCACUGGCCCCUUCCUUGAAUACUUCACCCUGAACGUCAUGAUGCUCAGCUUUGCUGUCGUCACGUUGGUGCCGCUGUUCUUCUUGCCUGACAGCCCUUACUUCCUGUACUCUAAAGGUCGAACUGACGAAGCUUUAAAGGUCCUCCUUUACCUUCGCGACACAGAAACUGCAGCCAAAGAGGAAUUAAAAGAGUAUUCGCUCUCCGGAAACGAAGAAAAAGUAACUACGCGCGAGUUACUAAGGGAUAGGAUAUUUUUAAAAUCAGCCUGCAUUGGUAUUGUUUUUGGAGCCGGUUUACAGUUAGUUGGGUUUAACGCUGUUACGUUUUAUUUGCAAACUGUGUUGGAGUCUACGCAAACGAGUGUUCGGCCAGAGAUCGCGUCUGGAGUGAUUGGGUCUAUUCAGCUGUUGGCAGCGUUUUCGACGACGUUGGUGACAGAUCGCUUUGGGAGGAAGCCGAUUUUGGCUUCGACGCUCGUUGGACAAGCUGUUGGGAUGGUUGGACUUGGCGUAUUCUUCAAACUGAAAGACGCCGGUCCUGUCACCGGAUUCCUCAACUACGUGCCUCUCAUAUCUUUAAUCCUGGUGGUCUACUGCUUCAGUGCCGGUCUUGGCUCCCUAUCCUGGGGCCUUCUGGCGGAGCUCUUUGAAGGCCGAACCCGCGCCGUGGGCGUCACCAUCAGCAUGCUAACUUCUUUACUCUUCAUCUUCUUGACAGUGAAAUACUUCGCCAUUGUGACAACUAUGAUUGGCGCACCAACAACGUACGGCAUCUUCAGCGUUAACUGUGUGCUGAUGUGUUUGUUUGUGUGUUUCUGUGUGCCGGAGACAAAAGGGAAGACUAUUGCUGAGAUUCAAAUGGCUUUGGGGGCAAAACAGAGAGAUAUUAGUGAGAAGCAGGUAGAAAAGUUUUAGACAACUGUAGAAGAAUUUCGGUACACCAUAGAAGAUUAUGAGUAGGUAACUGAAAAUUUAUAUAAUUUUUCAUGUGAAGUAGGCAAAUGUCUAUAAGUAAAAGUUAUUUAUUUGGUUUAGGGGCUCUGAUUAGUAAAGUUGAGGCAAAAAGAAAGAAUAAUGUUAGAUUUUUACUUUUUUUGGACUGUAAUAAAAAAAUGGAUUAAAUAGUUCUAAGCUGAUCGGAUAGGUGCCUCAAAAGAUAAAUCCAUGACACAAAAUACUAUUUAAAGAAAAUCACGAUAAUCAUAAUGUUGAUGUAAGUUUUGAAUUUAGAGUAGCGAAGAUUUGCUAAUAUCUAGAUAUCGAGAUUCUUAAUGUGUAAGUUUCUGAAGUAGUUUUUUCAAGUUUUAAUUCAAAAUAUAAGGUUUCUAAGAAAAUAGUUGAAAUUGAUAGUUUGGCGGAUUGCCAAUUUCCGUCAGUAGAAAAAGGCGGCAAAUUUAGAUAUGUAUGCGUGAAGGAUUGCCCUCCCAUUACACACAUUAUACAAUUUCGCGCCUUUUUUACAGAUAAAGUGGGUUUUGCCAGAGUAUAUUAACAUUGUGAUCUAUUUUCAAAACUUUAGUUUUAGUUUAGUAUAGUUUAGUACAAAUUAUGAUAGAUAUUUAAUUAAAAUUACAAUAAUAUUUAAUGUAUGUACCUAGCCGUUUAGUUCUCAAUAUGUUGAAUGGUUACGAAAGUGAACCCAGUAUUAAAUAAUAAAAUAUUUAUGUUCGUA